CACCCGCACCAUGCUACAGCGCAAACAGUACCUAUAAUUUUUAUCGUGGUUAAAGCUGUAUAGUUGUUUAAGCAAGUUAUUUUACUCUUUGCUGUAUAGCAUCACUUGUAUCAUUGGUCUGUGAGUUUGAGCGCAUAAUAGUUUACAUAAACUACAUAUUAUUAGACUAUCAAUUUCAGAAUUUUAGUGAAAAAGAAGUCUAUAAAGAAGAUGGCAAAAUUAGAAUUACUUCAAACUUUAAGUGGGCACAAAGGAAUUGUUUGGAAUGCGUCAUGGCACCCUCUUGGAAAAAUGUUUGCAUCUUGCGGUGAAGAUAAAAUAAUUAAACUUUGGAAUAAAGAAGGCGAACAUUGGGUUAUGAAAACUGUGCUAGUAGAUGGGCAUCAGCGUACAAUAAGAGAAGUUGCUUGGUCACCCUGUGGUAAUUUCUUAGCUUCUGCAAGUUUUGAUGGAACUACAGCUAUAUGGGACAAAAAAAGUGGUCAAUUUGAGUGCAAUGCCACUCUUGAAGGACAUGAAAAUGAAGUUAAAAGUGUUUCAUGGUCUCCGUCUGGUCAACUAUUAGCUACAUGUGGCCGAGAUAAAUCUGUAUGGGUGUGGGAAGUUGCUGGAGAUGAUGAAUAUGUUUGUGAAGCAGUUCUCAAUCUUCACAACCAAGAUGUUAAAAAAGUAACUUGGCAUCCAUCCUCUGAUAUUUUGGCUUCUGCCUCGUAUGAUAACACAGUUAAAAUGUAUAAAGAAGAUCAAUUGGACAGUGAUUGGACUUGCAUAGCCACGUUGCAGUCACAUGAAUCCACAGUAUGGAGUUUGGUGUUUGAUAAAACUGGUAAAAGAUUAGCAACUUGCAGUGAUGACAAGACUAUAAAAAUUUGGCAAGAAUAUGAUGCUGAUAAUCAAGAGGGUGUCAUUGUUGCAAACAAGGACUCAAUAUGGAAGUGUGUUUGCACACUUUCAGGGUACCAUACAAGAUGCAUAUAUGACAUUACUUGGUGUCACACAACUGACCUCAUAGCAACAGCUUGUGGCGAUGAUAUAAUUAGAGUUUUCAAAGAAGCUGAUAACUCAGAUCCUAAUGCUCCUUCUUUUGAUUUAUUAUGCACUAAGCCUAAUGCCCACUCUCAAGAUGUGAAUUGUGUUCAGUGGAACCCCUCUGGAAACCAAGAAUUAAUUUCUUGCAGUGAUGAUGGUGAAAUAAAAGUGUGGAAAUUUACUGAAGACUAAGGCAAAACGUUUAAAAAAAAGAAACAAAAAUGAUGUUAUAAUGUUUAAUUUUAAAUUUUGUUAAUCUACAAAUAAAUAUAAUAAGAGCACAAUAUUGUUAA